AUGGAAGACAACCCAUUCCAGGACCCUGCAGUGGUUCAGCACAGCAGCACCACUGGAUACGCCACUUUGGACCUGUACAACCCCUUCGACAAUGGGACUCCUGGGCCUCCGCCUCCUUAUGAAGCCACUCCCCCCGCUGCCCCCCAGGCUGUUCCCGCCACAACCCCCCCUUCGAAGACCACACCCACUGAGCCUCCUCGCAACUAUGGCUCCUACACCAACCAGACCGCUGUAAAUGCAACAACAGCAGAGCUCCUGAAGAAGCAGGAAGAGUUGGAGAAAAAGGCCCAAGAACUGGAGCGACGGGAACGAGAGCUGCAGGCCCACAGCCUCGGGGCCGGAGCCGAUCGACAGAAGAACUGGCCUCCUCUUCCCUCCUUCUGCCCAGUGGGACCCUGCUUUUACCAAGACAUCAACAUCGAGAUCAGCCAACACUUCCAGCGCAUCGUCACCAUCAUGUACUACUUCUGGAUGUUUUGCACGGCCAAUCUGCUGCUGAACCUGGUCUCGUCUCUGGCUGCGUUCUGCGGCGGCUCUGACACUGGAGUGGGCUUCGGCCUCGCCAUCCUCUGGGGGCUCCUCUUCACGCCGUGCUCCUUCCUCUGCUGGUACCGACCCGUGUACAAAGCCUUCAGGAGCGACAGUUCAGUCAACUUCUUUUUCUUUUUCUUUGUUUUCUUUGCUCAUUGUGUCAUGUCCGUGUUCGAGGCCAUUGGGAUUCCUGGAUCUGGAUUCAGUGGUUGGAUCGUGAGUUUGGUCGGUUUGAAGUCAAAUAUCGGAGUUGGCGUGAUCAUGAUUAUCAACGCCAUCCUGUUCAACGCUCAGGCCGUGAUGGGGAUUUUCUUGUUGAAGAAGAUCCACGGCUUGUACCGGCAGACCGAUGCCAGCUUUCAGAAGGCCCAGACUGAGUUCGCCACCGGGGUCAUGUCCAACCAGGCUGUCCGUCAAGCUGCUGCCACGGCCGCCGCCAGCGCUGCCACCAACGCGGCUCAGGGGGCGUUCACGGCGCCGCGGUAG